UCGGCUCGGCUCUCUCGCUCCGGCUCCCGCUCCGCGGAGACCGCAGGCAGAGAGGUGAGCUCAGCCCUGCUCCGCGCGGGGCCCGACCCCCCACUCCGCCUUCUCCCGGGUUCCGGGGAACCCCACCCCCGCCCGCAUCCCCAGCACGGCCACGUCCAGCCCCGGACGGGACGGCGGCGCCCAAGCCUCGGCGUUGCCUCGGGCUUUAGGAGAGAUCCAUGAUGCCAAACUGUGACGGUUCCUGCGGCUGUAGCCGCAGCCCCAACGUGGAAGACGGCAAAUGGUAUGGGGUCCGCUCCUAUCUGCACCUUUUCUAUGAAGACUGUGCGGGUAUGGCCCUCAGCGAUGACCCUGAGGGGCCUCCUGUCCUGUGUCCCCGCCGACCCUGGCCCUCACUGUGCUGGAAGAUCAGCCUGUCUACGGGGACCCUUCUUCUGUUGCUGGGUGUGGCGGCCCUGACCACUGGCUACGCAGUGCCCCCCAAGCUGGAGGGCAUCGGAGAGGGGGAAUUCCUGGUGCUGGAUCAGCGGGCAGCCGAUUACAACCAGGCCCUGGGCACCUGCCGUUUGGCAGGCACGGUACUCUGCGUGGCGGCUGGGAUCCUGCUGGCCAUUUGCCUGGUUUGGGCUGUGGCCGGCUGGCUGAGCCAGGACACCAAGGCAGAACCCUUGGACGCCGAAGCUGAUGGCCACGUGGAGAUCUUCGGGGACGAGCCAGAGCAACAGCUGUCCCCCAUCUUCCGUGAUGCCAAUGGCCAGUCUUGGUUUUCGCCACCUGCCAGCCCCUUUGGGCAAUCCUCUGUGCAGACCAUCCAGCCCAAGAGGGACUCUUGAGCUGCCCACAAGGCUAGAGGGGCAGCCAGACCUGGGGUCUGGACCAUUCCUCUGUCCCAUCACACCCUGCCCUCCAACUGUGUCCCUAACUUCUCCCUGAGAAGCAGGUCCCUUUCACCUAUGCCCCCAUAAGAUCCAGCUCCAGGUCAGAGAGGCUGGAGCUCAGAUCCCAAUGCCCCUUCCCAGGGAUUGGGCCCCAACUCAUCCAAGAUGCCAACUUUCCCCAAGUCCUCCCCAAACUUCCCUCCUUUUCAAGGCCUUUCAGGAGUAGAAAACAUCCCCCUCAAUCUAUCCUUACUCUACUCCGACCUUGGGCAAACCCCUUACCCUUGCAGACCAUCAGUUCCUAUCUAUGUACUAUGAGGGGACUGGCUCAGAUUCUGGAGUUCCAUGACUUUCCUAUUCUACCCGGAUAAAAGCAUUACUCUCCAUAGGCAAUGUUGUGGGGAAAGGUGGUAGGGUCAUCCUCUUUCCCUAAACCCUUCAUCUGUCAGCUGCCCCAGGACGCCUGAGGAUGGGUCAAAACCCCCCACUUGGACUUCUCCAGGAUGGUGCGAACACAGUCACCUCCUUCAGAACGUUUUCUAUGUCCAUUUUGGCAUCAGAGCCCCUCGGUCCCCGCCCCCCGCAAAUCGUGGGCUAUUAUUAGCCCCAGUUUACGGAUGACUGGGGGAGACUGGCAGU